GUACAAAUUCGUUAGUCGUACAAAUCGCAUGACUUUGCGGGCAAAACUAAGAGAAACCAAAACAGCGAGCAACAACAAGAAUAAAAGACAUUUUCAGCAGAUCAGCUGAAAAUUACGGAUUGCCAAACUAAAUAAAUAAAUAAAUCAAGGAAUCUUCAUAGUUUUUGUAUAUAGCUGAAGACAUGGAACAGUGCAACGUGCAUUUCAUAAUUUAGAGAGACUAUUAUAUAAAUUAAAUGUUCAUCUAAGCGAAGACAACACACUCCCCUUAGUUAAUUAAAAAACAAUUAAAAGGAAGGAACCACAUCUCUAGAGUUUAAAUGUAAUUUAAGGCCAAUUCUUGGCGCUUGUUGUGAUAUUCGCAUAAUUUUUCAACGUGAAAACAGACAACGGAUAUAUAGCUAUUGGCGUAUUGGCCAAAAACAAAAUAACAGAAAAAGAAAAAUAUAAAUAUAAAUAUAUAUAUACAUAUAUACAUAUAUAUUGAGACAGAUAGAUUCGCAUCAAUAUAUAUAUUCAAAGUGAAUACGGUAAACUGGGCUAUUUCAACAAACGGAGAUGACGACGCGCGGCAUACGGCGUAAAAAGUCUACGCUGACAGAAUUGAAAAUCGCAGUUAUUGGCGCGCCCAGUGUUGGAAAGAGCGCUUUAAUUGUGCGUUUCUUAACGAAGCGUUAUAUAGGCGAAUACGAUCAUCAGACUGAGAAUCGAUACAAGCACGAGUCCAUGGUGGAUGGUGAGCCGGUGCUGUUCGAAAUACUCGACACAUGUCCCAAGGCCGACGAUGAAUACCCCAAUGCUGCCGAACUGGUGCAAUGGGCUGAUGGCCUGCUGCUCGUCUACUCGAUAACGGAUCGCAAGAGCUUCAAUUAUAUACGCCGUGCCAAAUCAGAUCUGCAAUCGGAUACGCCCGUUCAGCUCUGCGCCAACAAAGUAGACAUGGUGCAUCUGCGCCAAGUGAGCCGAGAUGAAGGCGAAAUCCUGGCCAAAGACUUUGAGUGCAAAUUCAGUGAGGUCUCCGCCGCGGAUCAUGUCGACCAGGUCGCCGAGGUCUUCAAUGAACUGUGCAAGGAGGUGCUCGCCUGCAAGCGCAAGUCCAAGCAGAGCCUACUCGAGCGCAUGCUCGGCGGCACCCGUCCCUACAGCAGGGGCAAGAGCGAUAGUAAUUUGCCAAAAGACUGAUAUCACAAUUUUUUGUUUAAAUAAAAUACUCAUUUUUUAAAAGC